AUGGUAGAUCAAGCUUAUUACAAAAAAGGCUUUCAAAAAUCGAUUUCAAAUACUCAUACAUGGAGAACUGUCGAAAAUUCAGGUAAAUUUGUUACUUCUGUAAUAAAACCAAAUUUCAAAAUGUUAGAUGCUGGAUGUGGACCAGGCACAAUUACAAUUGAUUUUGCUAAAAAUUAUUUGAAUGAAGGCGGAUCAAUAGUUGGUAUAGAACCAACUCAACAAUUGAUAGAUUCAUGUAACGAGUUAAAGAGAAAAGAAAAUGUUAAAAAUGCUGAAUUUCAACUAGGUUCAAUAUACGAUAUUCCAUUUAAAGAUAAUACAUUCGACUUGAUUUAUUCACAUCAAGUUUUAAUUCAUUUGGAAGAGCCAUUAAAGGCAUUGAAAGAAUUACUUAGAGUCACUAAACCAAAUGGGUUUAUAUGUAUAAAAGAUGCAGAUUUAGAAGCAACUGUUGUAUCACCUAAAAAAUAUGAUUUAUUAAAAGAAUUUUCAAUACUAAAAGCUAAGAAUGCAGUAUCAACAGAUACGAAAGCAGGUAGAAAAUUACGAUCAAAAGCAAUAAAAGCAGGAUAUGACCCUAAAAGAAUAAAAUCAUCUAUAUCACAAUGGCUUUUAGCUGAUGAUUUGGAAGAUAAAAGAAAAUUUGCAGAAAUGUUUAUUGAUAGGAUAAAAAACUCAGGAGAAAUUGCUUAUCAAGAUGAAGCCAAGAAUGAAAAAAUUAAGCAAAAGACUAUAGAUGCUUACAACGAGUGGUCAAAAGAUGAAGAUUCAAUUUAUUGUAUAACAAAUUUUGAAAUUAUAUAUCAGAAAUAA